UCUUAGUCGUGUACACGUGCGCAGGUGGUCAAUUAAUAAUGAUUUGGACAUGAGAGAGGAGUUUAGGAUUUAAACACUCGUUUCGCUCGGAGAUUUGGGGCUGCGGGGUAAAUCGUGUAUAGAGCAACGGUCGACAUCGGGAUUGAUCGGGAUUGCUGUUAUGCUCAUAUUGUUGCUUGCCGAGCAGGAGGUAAGCGAAGCGUCGUGUGACAACGACCGGGAGACGAUGGACGACGAGCGUCGACGACGACACUCGCGGGCGGCGCUGUGCGAGAGUGACGAAGUCGAGAAUUCGGACGAAAGUAGCGAAAGCAGACCAUCCGGGGAGAGGUGGGCCCCGGUCGGCGCGAACGACGGCGACGAGUUCGCAGAUGAGUACAAAUAUGUCAACGCCAGCAUGGAGAACCUUGCAUAUGACAUGGAGAGAGUGAAGAUGCUGGAGGAAGAACAGGAGAUGCUGAAUUCAUCUCUGAUAGCCUUAACUACUCACUUUGCUCAGGUUCAGUUCCGUCUCCGACAGAUCGUGGACGCACCAGCCAACGAGAAGGAGGCACUGCUCAAAGAGCUGGAGGAAUUCGCGUUUAGGGGAAUACCGGAUGUGCCGAAUAACUUAUUGUUAGAGAGCAGAUCUAUUACACCGAUCUCCCCCAUAUCCUGUGGUCGAAGCGUGACUGGUGUGAUUACUGACGCGGAGGUCGAAUCCAAAAUGGCAUUGCAACGAACGAAGCAGAGAGAAUUGAUAAGCCAAUUGAAGUCUCAGUUGGAGGAUCUGGAGAAGUAUGCCUAUGAGACUGGCGACGCCGAUCUACCGCAAAGCGUCAUCCUGGAGAGACAAAAUAUCAUAAUCAGUCAUCUAAAAGAAAAAUUAAACUUCGAUGUCGAUGAUCUAUGCAAACUACCGGCGGAUGAUCUCAGGUGGCAAGUCGAUUACGCCAUAAGUCAAAUUGUCAGCCCAUUGAAAAUGAAGGAGCAACUGGUCUCUCAGUUGAAAACACAGAUCGCCGAUCUGGAGCGUUUUAUAAACUAUCUUCAAGGAGAAGUCAGCACGGAGACUUUAGCAUGCACGUGCGCGUGUCCAGUACACGCUGGUGGUUCCGGUGCAUCAUCAGUUUCCUACGGCUCCAAGCGCUUCGAACGUGGAAGAUCCAUUGAGGAAGAAGCGACUAAUCGAACCAAAAGUCUAACUGUACGCAAGGUGGUCGCGCUUUUGCACAUGUUCCUGAUGUCGCAGCUGGGUUGUGGCAGCGAACGGGUACGCCGGAACUUCGGCGGUAACAGCAGGAACCCGGCACACAAUUGGCGCGAUCUUCGCACCAGACUGGACAUCGCCGUAGAGCACGUGCUGGAGACGAUCGCAGAGACAUUGCAACAACAACAACAACUGCAACGUCAUCCCGACGAGGACGAUAUCGACGACAUCGAUGACGAGAACGAUUACACGUCCGACUCAGAUUCGCCGUCGCAUUCAAACGCGAAGCUCACGUCCGCCGUGAGGAAACACCUCGCCACCUCGGUCAAGGAUCUCAUGCAGCAUGGCCUGACCGCGGACGUGAUGCGUUCCGGGUCCAGCGUGGUGCCAUUUGGCAGCUGUUUCCCGCAACGCGACGUCACGUCGGCGAACUUCAUGCACGCGUGGGAGUUGAUACUGAAGUACUAUGAGAUAAAAAAUGGACGUUAUUACAAUUCCAGUCCCGCACAGAAGUUGUCGCAGAGCUUUAAUCUGGACCUCGCAGCUGGGAGAAUAGCUUCCUCGAAACAGAGCUUACUGACGACUAUAGGUAAUAUCAUCGCUUCUCAUAGUCCUUACAAGAGAAGUUACGACUCGCACUUUAAGGCGUUUGUAUGCGCAGCUUUGAACGCGAAUAAACUCGUGAUAUGGUUAAAGUUGAUCCUGCAAUGUCAAUGUCUUCUAGAAAAUUAUUAUCUCUCGUGGAGUUACGUUGUAAAGACAGGUUUCCAAGAUGCGUUUCACACUUUGGAUCGCCUUACCAGUUACAAGUUCGACCUACCAGUGGACUUAGCCGUGCGACAGUUUCAAAAUAUCAAAGACGCAUUUUGAUUGUACAAUCUUAUCAUUAUCAUUUCAUGCAAAUGACAAAUGUAGGAUGUAGAACGUAUAUGUACUUUCAGGUAUUUUCUGUAACACAAGCCAUAAUACUGUAAAAGUGAGCGAUAACGGUAUGCAAGCCAAGUCACUAGAAAUAAAACACUUGUGUGCUAGUAGCUCUCUUGGAUUUAGAAAAGUGCGAAGAGAAAUAUGAUAAAAUGCGAUUAAAUGAUGC